AUGAAGCCUGAAUGGAGCCAAUGUGGACACAAGUUGAAGAGCAAAGCUAAAGACUUCUUUGUUCUUAGCUCUUGGCUCAUGCCUCAGAAUGAUGUUGACAUUCACCAGCAAACAGAAACUGGAGGAAACCAGUCAAACAAUAUAACAUUCAUCCUCCUGGGAUUUGGGAAUCUUCUUCAACUGCAAAUUCCACUCUUUAUAUUGUUUUCAGCCAUCUACAUUUUGGCUCUUAUGGGGAACGUCCUAAUAGUUUUCCUAGUUACGAUAGACCAGCACCUUCAUACACCCAUGUAUUUCUUUCUAAUGAUCUUGUCCUGCUUGGAAACUGGCUACAUUUCAACUAUUUUACCAAGGAUGCUGACCAGUUUUCUCACUGUUUUUUCCUUGCACACCCCUACUGGUGACAGAUCCAUAUCAGUUGGGGGCUGCAUCACACAAUGGUUUUUCUUUGGUUUCUUUGCAGCCACUGAAUGUUACCUUCUGGCCAUGAUGUCUUAUGAUCGUUACCUGGCAAUCUGCAAACCUCUACACUACACCUCUCUUAUGACCGGGAAGCUCUGCUUGCAAUUAGCGUCUACAUCUUGGUUGAGUGGCCUACUCACCAACAUCAUUGUGACCUCUCUUAUGCUACAAUUAACAUUUUGUGGACCCAAUGAAAUUGACCAUUUCUUUUGUGACAUAUAUCCUGUCUCAAACCUCUCUUGCAGCAAUCCUUACCUUGUGAAACUUGCAACCUUCAUUCUUGGCCUCAUGGGAACUGUCCCCCCUUUUUUGCUUACUUUGGCUUCCUACGUCUGCAUUAUCCUCACCAUCUUGAGAUUCCAAUCCAAAAGCGCACAACGGAAGGCUUUCUCCACGUGCUCUUCCCACCUAAUUGUUGUGACCCUGUUCUAUGGGUCCAUCUUCCUUGUCUAUACUGUUCCAGCAACAGCGACCCUGAAGGAGCUACACAAAACCUUCUCUCUUUUUUACGCAGUUCUGACUCCCAUGCUCAACCCCUUGAUAUACAGCUUGAGAAACCGAGAGGUGAAGGAAGCUCUUUGUAGGUCUAUCAGGAAAUUCAGCAACAGAGUUAUUUAA